UUCCCCCCCACUCUGUUUCCCAAAUUUAUGACCUGGGUUAAAGAGCUCAUUGCUUCUGAAGUCAGUGGCUCUCUCUCUCACACGCACGUAAAAGUAAGAAGCGCAAACAUUUGAGGAAGCGUCCCCACAGGGGAAAGCGGAGGCACUUAUCCUCCUCCACAGGCUCCAGCAGGGAGGACAGGCAUGGCAGCUCAUCUUUAAGAGACAGCCACUCCAGGUCCUCUUCCGUUUCCAAUCAAGACAUGAGGCGAGGGGGCUCGCCCCCACCCUCCUACAUUUUACAGUGAGCCAGCUAAGGAUGCACCCAGGGGUGACAAGGAGCACCUGGGUCAUAGCGCGUUGGGGGGGGAUAGCAAGGCGUUCCUCCCCACAGACUCAUGCAGGUCCCUCAUCCUCAAUGGUUCGGGAUCGGCAGGCACAGGCACAGUCGCCCAGGCAGGCUCCUGUGCCACAGGUGGUACUAUCAGAUUCUGAAGAACUACUUGAGCAGGACAGGGAAGAGGGGGAGCUUUCGGGUGAGGAAAUAGAGGUCACCCAGAUGCAACCCAGACUCUUUGCUCCAGAGGUUUUUCAGCCGCUCCUUUCCAAGGCCUGCAGAGUGCUACAACUGCCAGAGGCUGAGGCGGGAGGCGAUGCACCCACUCAGUCAGCCUCGGCAGGUGCAAAAAAGGCCUUCCCCUCCAUGGACACUAAGCAGGUUUCAGUUCCCUUUCCCCAGGCGUUUGAUGACGUGUGGGAUGCUGAAUGGUCAUCACCAUGCAAACCAAAGCCACCUGCCAAGUGGGCAAAGAAACAUUACGUUUUUGCCGACAGGAUCAUGGCAAGACUGCGUUUUCCCACAGUGGACCCGCCUAUUGCUGCUCUUGCUAGCUCUGCAGUGAUCCCAACAGAAGGGGAGGGGGGGCCUAAGGACCAGUGCGACAAGCGAGUCGAAGGGGCUCUUUGCAGGAGCUUUGAGGCAGAUGCAGUAGGCUUCAGAGCCGCAGCCACUUCCUCAGUUUUCUCCAGAGCGGUUUUUAUGUGGGCUGAAGAGUUUGGGGCAUGGGACGAUGUCCCCAAAUUUGUAAAGGAUGGGUUAAACAAAAUGGCGUACGUCUCGGCCCUGUCAGCCGACGCAUCCAUGGAUGCCCUACAGUUUGCAGCGCGCUCUAUGGCUGCCUCCACUGUGGCACGGCGUAACAUUUGGCUCAGGCAGUGGCCUGUGGACUCAGGGUCACAGACCCGCCUCACUGCCCUACCUUUUUCAGGUUCUAAGCUGUUUGGGGAGCCUCUAGAGGCCCACCUGGUGGAAACUAGGGACAAGAAGAAAGCACUCCCUAUGGCCAGAAGAGAGGAACGGAAGGGCAGGCAGAACCAGUUUUUUUGUUCCUCAAAACAGCUCUCUAGAUUUCGCAGUCAGCAUUCCAACAGGCUUCGCUGGGGCAGACAAGACAAAGGGGGUGGACACACUUCCUCCUCUAAACCGGGAGGCACCCCAUUCUCCUCAGGAAGGAACCAGAAGGGAGUCCAAAAGGGCUCCUCCUCCUGACUGGCGGUUGCC